AGUCUUGGCUCGUUUUGAUUUGAAAGUGCGCAGCUCAGCCUCUGAGCCUCAGGUUACAGCGUUUCCUGAACUGAAUCAUCUUUUCCUUCAUCAGCGGCGACUCGUCAGUCGCAAACAGUCACCGACCGGAACACAAGCGACGCGCCUUUCAGAAUAAAAGCCCAGCACGCCUCUGUGCGUCUGACGGGAUGCGCUCGUGAAUCGGGCUUUUACUUCGGCAGCUGGUGACCUGACGUCGUCGUCCUCGUUCGGCCGCUGCUUCAGUCCACGGCGCGACACCCGUCGGAGGAGCGAGAUCCACGCACAUGCCGCAAACAUCACGUUCCGUCCGGCGCAAAAUCAAUUAAGCUCGUUUCCUUUCGGCCUUUAUCACCGCGUCACCGUGUUAUUGUUGUUUUUAUGAAAAUGGGCUGCGCAAUAUCAGGUUUGGCGGCAAAAGCGGAGUUUGAAGAAACAAUUCCAGAUGAUGCUGCGCAUCCGAACGAGGCUCAGAUUCAGAUGAUCAAGGACUCGUGGAAAGUUAUUCGGGACGACAUCGCCAAAGUUGGGAUCAUCAUGUUCGUCAGGUUGUUCGAGACGCACCCCGAAUGCAAGGAUGUCUUCUUUCUGUUCCGAGACGUGGAGGACCUGGAGAGGCUGAAGACCAGCCGGGAACUCCGAGCCCACGGGCUACGGGUGAUGUCUUUCAUCGAGAAAAGCGUGGCCCGACUGGAGCAGCUGGAGAGACUGGAGGCUCUGGCUCUGGAGCUGGGAAAGGGCCACUUUCAUUACAACGCUCAGCCCAAGUACUACAGUUACGUCGGAGCAGAAUUCAUCUGUGCUGUGAGGCCCAUUCUGAAGGAGCAGUGGACACCGGAGCUGGAGGAGGCGUGGAAGACCUUGUUCCAGUACGUGACGACCCUCAUGAAGCAGGGAUACGAGGAGGAGAGCGCUCGGCAGCAGCAGCUGGCGCUGUCACCAAAGGAGCGGCCGGAGAGGAGGAACACGGCGCUAUGAGAUGAUGCUUCAACCUCUGCUUAGACUGUUCAAACCAGUUGUGGUGAUUUUGUAUAUACUGUAUUUACUGUCAUUUUCUACAUUGCUAAUGUUUAACAGUCAUUGGUUGAUAUUUUAUCAAAAUGGACAAAUUAACAGCAUCUCUUAAAGCACUUUAUUUCUAAUUUUAAAUUGUGCUGAGUCCUCUAACGUGAGGCCUGAAAUACAGACGGAGAUAAAAUAUAGUGGCUUUAGAACCUGGCUCUUAUGAAAAACCAAUUAUUGUUUAGCAGCAAACACUUCGUUACCGUUACUGUUUUUGUACUAUUUAACUCUGUCAUGAAUAAUUCACAGGCGCUUUAAAAUUAUUACAUUACCUGAAACUAUCCGUUUAUUUUGUGUUCAACACAUGGAGACAACAGUUUGGCAUGGAUGCUCUGUUUAAAACUCAAAGGGACACAACAUUCACUGCUUCUCAGAAGGAUAAAAAAACCUCCAAAAUGAAGCAAAAGCAAAUACUGACAUUAAACCAAAGUAAAACAAACCUGG